UUACUUGUGCUUUACUACUUCAUCUAAUUGCCUUCAUAUGAUGGGUUCUGACAUCGUUCAUUUCAACUCAGUGCUAUAUAUAUCUGCUAAACCUUGAGACGCUAUCAAACUAGCCCAGCUGCAUUGCUCGAUGGAAGAUCUCCCAGAGGCACUGUUGGCAGAGAUUGUCUUCAGGAUUACCAGAACAAACGAUCUGAAUUCUCUUUCACUUGUGUCGAAGCAGCUCUACAUUAUCGAUGCAUCUCAAAGGAGUGCUAUCCGUAUCGGCUGCGGCUCUUUCUCUGCUGGAGAAGCUUUGGCAUCCCUUUGCUCCCGGUUCACAAAUUUGUCAAAAGUGGAAAUCGAUUAUGCUGGUUGGAAGUGUGGUCACGGGAAUCAGUUGGACAACAAAGACCUCCUUGUGAUUUCAUCUCAAUGCCCCUCGCUGACUGAGCUAACCUUAAGCUUCUGCUCAGACAUCAAUGACUCUGGUCUUCAUUAUCUAGCUUAUUGCAAGAAGUUGGUAUACCUCAGGUUGAACUCUGUACCAGAAAUUACUUCAAGUGGGCUUCUAUUUGUGGCAAUCGGUUGCAAGAGUCUAUCUGGUCUCCUCCUUAUCAAUUGUGAGAAAAUCGGAAGUGUGGAGUGGCUGGAGUACCUUGGCUGGAACGGGUCAUUGGAGGAGCUUGUAGUAAAGAAUUGCGAGGGAAUUAGCCAGUGUGACAUCCUAAAGUUUGGUCCAGGGUGGAUGAAGCUCCGGAAGUUUGAUUUUGAGAUUAAGGGAGGAUUCUACGGUGGUUAUUGUUUUUCUGAGGGUGGUUAUGAUCCCCUAUAUAACGCUCACAACCCAAGUAGAUAUGAUUUCUGCUCUGAGAGUUUGAAGGAUUUGAGGUUGGCUCGUUUUACAACUGGGGCAGAAGUAGGACUUCGUUUUCUGCUCGGGAAAUGCAGAGCACUAGAGUCGCUGUGCCUGGAGUAUGUUCAUGGUCUAAAUGACAACGACAUAAUUGUGCUAUCUGAGGGCUGCCGCAACCUUAAAAGCAUCUCACUUCGGCUCAAACCUGUGGACUAUGAUGAUCUAGAUGGUGAUGGUUUCAGGACCGCAUUUACUGACAAGAGCCUUAAGGCUCUAGCACUCAAUUGUCCUAUGCUUGAGGCUGUUGAACUCACUUUUGCAGGUUGUGACUACACAUAUCCAACAGAAAUAGGCUUCACACAGAAGGGCCUUGUGGUGCUCAUUCAGUCCUGCCCGAUUCGUGUUCUCGUGCUAAAUGGCGCCAACUUCUUUAAUGACAAGGGAAUGAAGGCCCUCUCAUCUGCUCCAUUUCUGGAGACACUCGAGCUUGUGGAUUGCAGGGAAGUAACUGAUGCUGGGUUGUGUUUCAUUGCUCGAACCCCACGCUUGAUUAAUCUCACGCUCCGCCACUGUAAAUGUGUGACUGAUGUUGGAGUGGCCGAGCUGGUACAUUCACAGAAGUUGGAGUCUCUGAUCAUUGAAAGGUGCUGCCGGGUCUCCGAACAGGCUGUGCUGGGGGCUGGCAGAUCAGUUCAGUACUCCGUCGAGGCUCCAAGCCUUGGCGAGCUAAAAAGGGUGUUCAUCUGAUGCUGUGGAUGAAGUGGUCUGCAAUUUUUUGAGUUUCAAAUCCUCUUGUCAUCAAGUUGUUGCUUACUGUGCGUCCUGGCAUAGCCUUAGACCACUAGUGUGGUAUAGCUACUUUGUGUAAUUUGCUCUACUUGCAUUUAACCGAUUCACUUAAAUCCGCCAAACAGCAUUUCCGGUGUUAAACUUGCAGAUGCAUCUUGGUUCUCAUAGUGUUGAUCAUGCUUUAUUUGGCUGUUAGCGGAGCAAACUGCAACACUAUGUAAGCAGCUAUGGACUAUGGAACAGGCUGUACCUGCUAGUAUCUCUGUUGGCAUUAUAUCGGUUGAACGUAUGACCUACUAGUAUCUCUGUU